CUCAGCAAGAUGGAGCGGGUGGUCGUGAGCAUGCAGGACCCCGACCAGGGCGUGGAGAUGCGGAACCAGCGCCUGCGCAUCACCGUCAUUCCCCACACCGUGGCUGGCAGCGACGUCGUGGACUGGUUGGUCCAGAAGUACUGCAUCUCAGAGGAGGAGGCCCUGCACCUGGGCACCCUCCUAGUGCAGCACGGCUACCUAUACUCUCUGCGCAGCCCCCGCAGCCUUGUGCUCCGGCCAGACGACACACCCUACAGAUUCCAGACGCCCUAUUUCUGGACGAGCACCCUGUGGCCAGCUGCUGAGCUGGACUAUGCCAUCUACCUGACGAAGAAGAACAUCCGAAAGCAGGGGGCCCUGGUCGGCCACGAGAAGGAACACUAUGACCAGCUACACAGGAAGAUCAACCACACGUGGGACCUGGUGGUGAUGCAGGCCCGAGAGCAACUACGGGCAGCUAAGCAGCGCAGGAAGGGGGACAGGCUGGUCAUUGCAUGUCAGGAGCAGACGUACUGGCUGGUGAACAGGCCCCCGCCAGGUGUCCCCAGCGUCCUGGAGCAGGGUCCAGAGCGCAGUUCCUGCACGGCUGGGCGAGUGCAGAUGAAUACGGAGUUCUACAAGCGGGAGAUGGAGCGCUGCAGGAAGGCCCUGACCAGGGCCCGGGUGAAGUCCUCCAUCUGCCUCGAGGCGUACCUGAAGUUCAGCAGCCAGCAUGGGCCACACGACCCCAUCAUGUCAGGGUGCCUGCCCAGCAACCCCUGGGUCACAGAUGAUGACACCUACUGGACCAUGAAUGCACCCAGCGUGGCUGUGCCCACGAAGCUCCGCGUGGAGCGAUGGGGUUUCAGCUUCCAGGAGCUCUUGGAAGACCCUUUGGGACGGGCCCAUUUCAUGGAUUUCCUGAGGACCGAGUUCAGUGCUGAGAACCUCAGCUUCUGGGAGGCCUGUGAGGAGCUGCGCCACGGAGGGCAGGCCCAGGUCCACGCUAUGGUGGACGCCGUGUACCAGCAGUUUCUGGCCCCUGGUGCUGCCCGCUGGGUCAACAUCGACAGCCGGACGAUGGAGCGGACCCUGGAGGGACUGCAGCAGCCCCACCGCUACGUGCUGGAUGAUGCCCAGCUGCACAUCUACAUGCUGAUGAAGAAGGACUCCUACCCAAGGUUCCUGAAGUCCUCCGCAUACAAAGACCUGCUGGCAGAAGCUGUGAUUCCCCCAGAGGCCAAGAGACGGGUGUUCCCGUUUAUGCGGAAGCCGCGGCAUUCAAGCCCCAGCCCUGCUCUCCUUCCUGCCUCCACCUCUGGGGAGCCUGUGGCUGCAGCCAGUGGCCCUGAGUGUGGUGACGGGGGCACCUAGGUGGGCAUAAAGCAGGAGGUGGAAGUGGCCAUCCUCACUGCUUGCCUGGGGUCCUCACAGCUUUGAGACCCCUGGCGUGGGCGUCCCCUAAUGCCCAGAGGGCCCGCCUUGCCCCUAUGCCCAAGGGCGUCUUGGGCUCCCACCUUUUACCUUGUCAAGCCCUCCCCUCCCCAGAAGGGGCUGGGCCAGGUGCUGAUUCCUGGGAAGGGGUGUCAUUGAGCUUGGGUCACCUGGAGAAAGGUAGGAUGAGGUGGGUCAAGCAGAUCAGGCCACAUGAAGGCCCUGGCAUUCUGUGGUCUGCAGUUCAUUAAAUCGCUGGCGAAUACCAGGUGGUUUCCAGCAGGGGGCACUUAUCAUGAGGAACCGCAGGCCUCAGGGCAGAUUUAUCCACAGCCCUUGGCCCAGUGUGACCAUGCAGGGACCCCACACCAUGUCCCCAGUUACGCUGGGGCCGUGCUCAGCCUUCCGACCAGCCCAGAGCUGUCCUCAUGGGUCUUGCCCACACCGUGGCUGUCACUGUGCGUGUCCCAGACCUCAUCCCACAGGGACACCUCCAGCUGGUGUCCUCGAGGCCGGGACUCCUCUGCCAGAGCUGCACAGACAUGACUCCAGUGUCAUCACCUGUGACAACCGGCCCCGGUCCAUGGCCAGGGCAGGUGGAACCCUUGGGGAAGGGGGUGAUGCCAGACCCAGGGUGAAGUACAGUCACUCCUUUGGGGUGCAGCUGUGUCAGGCCAGAGGGGGGUGCCACCCAUCCCACUCCCACCCACACCCGGCACAGAAAUAAAAGACCC